GGUACAAAAGGUAAAAUUUGAAUUUAUUUCUCUGCCCACUUUCCCUUCUGGCUCUGCCCACCACCGCAAUGUGGCCCCUGGAAGAUUAGACCAGGUCUUUAUUCCCAUCCAGGGACAGAGAGUGAAAUCUGGGUGAGGCAGGAUGCCAUAGGAAAAGCAGGAAGCUAAAAGAGUUGCAGGAAGAGAGGGACAACCUUUUGCUUGGUGCGAAAUCUAAUCGCUGUCCACAACUUUUCCAGGACUCCAAUUAUUUCAGUUGGAAAGUGGGGUGCAGGCCACUGCAGGCUGAGGGAAUUUCAUGUCCAUUCUAGCUCCACAGGGGCCUUCUCUUAUCCCAACACAAUCUGUGAGGCAGGAUAAUAGCAGGCUUGCAAAUGCCCCACACCUUGGUUACCUGUAGAAGAGCAAGAAUCAUCUCCGGCAGAACAGGUUGGGAAGCUUUAUUAGAGCCCGUUUCUGUGUCUCUUCUCUCUUUCUAACCUUUUUGACACAAAUUGUGUGUUUUUGGAAAACCAUUUUAAAAUAUGGUUAGUAGCAGCAAAAAGAUAAAUGUGGGCUGGUGACUUAUUUGUAAGGCUGCUUAUUCCCAUAUUAAAAGAUGGAAGUGAGGACUGGGAACUGAUCCCCCCAGAACCAAAGCCAUCCAUUGUUAAGGUGGGGUGAGUGCGCAGGUUAGCUGCGCCAUCUCCAGAAUUAAUUCUGCAGCACACUACCAGUACUGUUCUUGUCCCUAUCAGCAGUUCAGAAAAACAAUGAGCUGUAUUUUAAUCCCAGGUGUGCAAAUCCUGCUUUGAGGUCAACAGAUUCCUUUCCCCCUCCCUCAGUCUUUCAUAUACACAAACCUAUUUAUUUAACAUAAGUUGACUCAUCUUCUCCUUGUCAUUCCAAGUGCACCUUUACACAUCCACCUGAACAGGUUAUGCUAAGUGGUUUUCACUUAAUAGCCCAGUUGAACAAGCCCUGCUAAAGUCUGACACCCAAGGGUGCUAAUUCUCCAAUGAAUACAUAGACAAUCCUUUUAAGUCAGGGAUUUGGGGGGGGGCACAUUUUUCAGUUCUAGGGCCGCAUUCCCUUCUGGUAAAGUUUCUGAGGACUGCAUGCAAGUGGUGAGCAGGGCCACAGGCAAAACUGGGCAGAGCAAUGGAGGCAAAUUUAACCUUUGGGCAGUAGGCUGGUUUCUCCUCACCCAUACCUUUCUCUCCAUCCUCCAUCAAGGCAAGCGAAGAGGCUUUAUCACAGCUCAAAGGCACAGUGCAGUCAAACCAAAACACUCAAGGAUGGUGUGAAGCAGGAGCCAUGACAGGGUGAUGCAGGGUGCCAACUUGAAUCAAAUAUUGGGGGCCCCAGGUAAGCCCCAUCCUACAUAAUCAAUCACAUGAUGCCAAUGCUCAUCAACUUUGGGGGGAGGGCAGCCCCCUCAAACAUUUUAUUGUGGGGGGAGACCUCGCAGACCAUAGGAGUUGGCUCCUAAGGGGUGAUGCAGGGGCAAAGUUUUGAGGGCCAGAUAAGCUGGAGGGCUAAAUUCUGUCCAUGGAUUUGAGGCUCCUCGACCAUCCUUUAAAUGUGUUUUCCUUUUGGAGAAAAAAAAAGCAAAACUUGGAUCUUAAUAGGAUUCAGUACACGAGUGAUUUCCAUGCCAGGGCUUGAAAAAGACAACUGCCAUUUUGAAAGCAUCAUCUCCUUUGUGGAGCAGGGAGACCCCAAAGAGCAUUGGCCCCUGUAUUGUUGUUGUUAAAAUUUCUAUACAACCCUUCAUCUGAGACUCACAGGGUGGUUUAUAAUACACCUCUCUGCCGUGGGCAGGGCUUUCAGUCUGGGUGGAGGGCAAGGAAUAAUUAUAAUAUAAUAUAAUAUAAUAUAAUAUAAUAUAAUAUAAUAUAAUAUAAUGCAGUAUAUAAUAUUUGUACCCCGUCCAUCUGACUGGGUUGCCCCAGCCACUAUGGGCAGCUUCUGACAUAUAUAAAAACAUAACUAAACAUUAAACAUUAAAAACUUCUCAAUACAGGGCUGCCUUCUGGUGUGGGUGCCACUACCAAGACGACCCUCUGCGUGGUUCCCUGCAACUUCACUUCUCACUGUGAGGGAACUGCCAGAAGGUCCUUGGAGCUCAACUUCAUAGCUCUGGGAUAGAUUAUCUGCUUUGCAUGUAGAAUAUUCUGCCCCUGGCAUCUGCGGGCAUGGCAGGGAAGAGACCCCUGGAGAGCUGCUGCCAGUCAGUGUGGUCAAUACUAAGCUCAAUGGACCAACGAUCUGACUCACUAUUAAGGUUUCUUCCUGUUUUCCCUAACUGAAUGCCAGACUUGAUGGGCCUUUGGUGUAAUCCAGCAGGGCUUUUCUUAUUUCCUAGGCACAAACCUCUUCUCACUCCCCUGCUCUUCUGUCAUUGUACUGUUUGCCAUGUGCUGAAAUAUUCCUGUGCUUCAUUAGAAUAAUGAUUUUAAAAAAAAAAAAAAAAGUUCUGGUCUGUGCAUAUUAGAGGUACACACCCGCUUGGCACCCUGCAGAUUUUUGGGCCACUGUGAAAACAAGGUAGGACUUGAACCCAUGGCUUCAAGUGACAAGAAAGAAGAUUCUGACUCAACUUCUGGAAUAACUUUCUGACAGUGGAACAGACUCCCUCAGGAGCUGGUGGACUCUUCGGAGGUUUUUCAGCAGAGGUUGGAUGGCCACCUGUCCUAAGUGCUUUAGCUGAGAUUUCUGCAUGGCAGAGGGUUGGACUAGAUGGCCCUUGGGGGUAUCCUACCAACUCAACAGUUUUAUGACUGGAUACGCCAUUGGCUCGGUCCAGGAGGGCUCUUCUUACAUUCCUCGUUCUUGGCAAUCAACAUGGCCCAAUGGCCAGAGAUGAUAGCAGAAGUGUACUCCAACAACAUCUGGAAGGCAUUACAUUGGCUACCCCUGGGGGAGGUGACUAGCCUUCACACAGCCUACCAGGCAGACAGGUAUACCUUGAACUGUCCUCCACCCCUGCCCCUUUUCUUCCCUCACUCUCAAAACGGUAUACAGUACAAUCUCUGUGCCUGUCUCAAAAGAACACACUGUGUGCGUGUGUUCGUGUGUGCACAUUCAUAUUUAGGAAUAUUUAGGAAAGCAGAUGAUGUAACCCUUGCUAUUUCUGUCACCACUAUCCUUAGCUGGGAGGAACCUAAAGGGAAACCACUCCAUGUUUUGUUCAUUUAAAAAUAUUAGCAGUAUUCAACUAAGGCCCUCCUCGCUUGACCCAACACGCUUGCUUCCUCUCCCAAGGCCCUGGAAUCAGGACAUUAGUAGUUAAACAAAUGUGAAAAUGUAGGCCUGUGAUUUGUGACUUGGUGUUGUUGUCUCCAUGCCUGCCUCACCGUUGUGAAAUGGCAUUAACAUAGUUUAUUAGGCCCGCUUCCAGAGGGACUGUCUUUGUUCCCAUAUUUGCAAGAGGUUGUGUGUUCUGAUUUGCAUGCAAAAGGUCCCAGGUUUAUUUCCAGGAAUUUCCAGGUAGGACUUGGAGACACUCCUGUCUUUUAAAAAAAGCAAAAAACCAUGGGGACUUGAAAACUUCCCCAUACAGGGCUUCCUUCAGAUGUCUCUGGAAAGUUGUGCAGUUGUUUAUGGAAAGUCGUGCAGUUGUUUAUCUCCUUGACAUCGGGUGGGAGGGCAUUCCACAGGGCAGGUGCCACUCCUGAGAAGGCCCUCUGCCCGGUUCCCUGUAGUUUCACAUUUCGGGAAGAGGGAACCACCAAAAGGCCCUUGGAGCUGGACCUCAGUGUCUGGGCUGUAUGAUGGGGGUGGAAAAAGCUCCUUCAGGUAUAGAGGGCCAAGGCUGUUUAGGGCUUUAAAGGUCAACACCAACACUUUGAAUUGUGCUUGGAAACAUACUUGGAGCCAGUGUAGAACAAGGAAAGCAGUUGCCAAACAGGUCACUUUGUGGCAGCCCCUAAGCUGUGGAACCCCCUCUCUACAGAGGUGAGCAUGGCACCUUAAAUUGUAUGGAAUCAGAACUGUAGAGUUGGAAGGGUCCCUGAGGGUCAUCUAAUCCAAACCCCUGCAAUGCAAGAAUCUCAGCUAAAGGAGUCGUGAAAAUGGCCAUUCAACCUCUGCUUAAAAAGCUCCAAGGAAGAAAGUACUUUACUGUAUGCUGAAAACACACCUUUUUAACCCUCACCUUUGACACCCUAAUUUGUUCCUCUGAAUUUCAGUUCCUGGGAAUCACAAGUGGGGAGAGAUACGGUUGCACUUGUGUCCUGCUUGUGUUUUUUUUCUCAAAAGAGGCAUCUGAUUGGUCACUUUGAGAACAGGAUCAUAGACUAGAUGGGCCAAAGUGAGUCAUGCCCAUCAAUUUCAGCGGGUCUACUCUAAGCAGGAUUGGUACUGGGCUUUAUUUCUUGGCCACUCUGACCUUAAACUUUGCACGUGGUCAGCUGUUUACGGUGCACUAUCUCUAGACUCCCUCUUAAAAUGUUGUAGGACUGGGCAGGGUCUUCUGUAGCAGAUUCCUGUUUCAACUUAUAGGAUCUGCCCCCCUGUUGAGAAUUUUAGGUUUAAGAAAGCUGGCCAUGUUUCCCUGGCAAAAUCUAAGAAAACGAAAAAGGGCUUCCUCUGUUCCAUUUGUUUAGGUGAAGAAGAAGAAGAAAAGACAGUAGAUAGCCAUUUUCCCUUCGGACCCACCCUGCUCCUACAAACUCACCAGGGAGUAUAAUUAAUGCAGCACACAGCUGAUGCCCUCCAUUCUUCAAACACAGCGUUACCUUAAAGGCACACCCCAGAACGUAACACCUAAAAGACCUUGGAAUGCUGACAGCCAUCAUGGCCAGCCUCAGCCUCAUGACCAGCCAGACCACACCUUUUCACCUGCUUUGCAUUCCAGGUUUUAUUGUGUUCACUGAAGGGUAGUUGGUGAAAGGGCUGGGCGUGUUGCCACUGCACUUACUCUGGUGUAGAUUUGAAAUCUUAUCAUCAAAGAUGGGGUGGGGGAGCUGUAGUGGGCACAAGAGAUUGGAUGAAAGAUAUUAAUACCGUAUUUACUCUAAUUGCUCACCUCACUUGGCCAAAUCACAAAAUUGCAAAAAUUAAGUGUACAUUAGAUUCGAUGGUACAUUUACAUUCGCCAGCAAAUACCUUUUUUUGUUUGUUUCAAGGUUCUGAAAAUUGAGGUGCGCAUUAGAUUCAAUGGCACAUUAGACUCGAAUAAAUAUGGUAACCUUAAAGAGACUUAAAAAGUUGCUGAUGGAAGAAGCCUAAGAGCUGCAGCCCACAAGAGACUAGAGCAGGGUCCACCACUGUGCAAGCCUUGCAUCCAAAGUUGUACUCAAAAGUAGACCCACUGAAUUGCACCUUCUACACAGGGCAGACCCACUGAGAUGAAUGGACCUGUGUUGGUUAUGUCCAUCAAUUUCAACAGUUCUAACUCCUGGGUAGAAUUAACAGUGGAAAACAGGAAUGCCUGGCGUGCUAUGGUCCAUGGGAUCACGAAGAGUCGGACACGACUAAACAACAACAGCAGCCCACUGAAAUGAAAGGACAUGGCUAGAUUGGGCCCAUUCAUUUCAGUGGCUCUACUGUUGAGUAGAACAAUGCUUUUCAUGCAGCCAAUUCCUGGAGUCUCUCUUUCUAAAUAAAAAAUGGGGUGGGGUGCUUCUGCCUGCAAACCCUCGAAGGCACUGCUACCGUAGUAGCAGUAGACCGUGGUGGCUGGUGUGUGUGGCCCCCCCAGUGGCUUGAACCUGGAACCUCCUGCAUACAAAGCAGGUGCCCAACUGCUCCCCCUAAAAACAAAUUAAAAUUACAGUCCUCCAGCUCUGAAUCAAGUGCUGGUUUUAACAGGGAACACAAAGGAAACCUGCCUUAUGAUGGCUGUGGCUGAUUGAUGUUUGGAGCACAGCAGCGAUUGGAGGCAUCAAGGGGUUUGGCCAUAGGUGCGUGCUUCCUUAUAUCUCUCAUUUUAACCCAGAUUGUGAAUGCCCCAAUUUCGCGGAAACUGUACCGAGCAAUUGUGGUGGAGUGGGUGGGAGAACCAUAGAAUUGCAUAGUUGCGAGGGACUUAAGAGGGUCGUCUAGCGCAACUCCUUGCCAUGCAAAAAUCUUUUGCCCAACGUGGGGCUCGAACCCACGACCCUGAGAGUCAGACUCUACCGACCGAGCUACCCUGUCCCUCGCAUUAGGCCCCAACCAAAAUGCCAGAAAGUCGAGAGCAAGCGUUCAACUCCGCAGCGUCAGCGGAGAGCUCCGGAGUACCUGGAAGCUUGCUGACAGUUUAGUCGCCCGGCCCCGAUAAAAGGAUUAGCGUUUCGGCCGCAGCCGCCCUUAUUCCCGAGUAAACGCAGCAAGCAAACUCGUGUCGUCAGCACCCCUGGGCCUCGCAAAGCGGCCAGGCAGCUGCCAGUCCCGGACGGCCGUCAUUCUCCUUCCUCUCCAGGUCCAACAACAAGCGCUCUGUGUCACCGACGCCCUAGUUAGGCUGGGCGGCUUCUUCUCUUCCACCUCCAGCAUGCAAAGCCCCAUCGGAUGUACCGUAGCAGUAGCAGCCUCCUCUUCCCUCCCCGGGGUGGGACACGCAGAAAGACGCCCCAUGCCUCUAUAAUGUAUCGGCACAUACCCAGACUUGGUUUGCUGCGGUUCAGCCUCUCCACGUGGCCCCAAAGAGAAAGAGUAACACCAAAAAAGUGGGGGACCACCCCCAUUGCAUUAUCAGCCAUCCCCCCUUGCUUCUCUGCCCCGAUCUCCAAGCUGAUCCUUCGCUGCGCUCUUUUUACGUCUCCUGCCCAAGUCGUCUCGUUGCGCGCGCGCGCGCUCUUCCAGCCGUUCCAUUUUGCGCAAAGUUUUUAGAGCGGAGUUGGCGAGGGCGGGCGGAGAAAAAGGAAGGAGAUGACAGAGGCGGAGUUUGCCUGCUGCCAUCUAAUUAAGAGCUUGGCCGGGGGAGGGAAGAGAGGAAGAGGAAGAUCGGAGGAGGAGGCGGAUUCAAGAGCCAAGUGGGCCGGCGGCGGGCGGUGCGCGCAUGCUCGUGCCCAGCGACUCCAUGUGUAAAGAGCGCAUUUGGCCAACGGAGGGGGGCGAGAGCGCAGCAGGAUUUGGAGAGAGGAGGGAUCUCGCCGGCCGGUUCGAAAGAGGAGGCUGCUCUUCCUCCUCGCUUCCACCCCCCCCAUCGCCGGUGAAGGGGGUGGACAGAAAAGGGAGGCUUUUUUUUAAAAAAAGAAGUGGAUCUGCCCGACCUUUCGAUUUGGGGGAUCGUUUAAGCGGCUUUGUAAGUUUCUUGUAGUCGGGAUCCUCCUCCCAAAAACAACCUUCGGAAGGACUGAGCAGACCUUUCCUGGGAACCCAUGAACGGCUGGGACAGUGGCGAAAGAAAGCGGUAUAACUCUCCCACAAGCUCCUUUUUCCUUCGCCUCUCUUCCGAGCAGGAGGUGAAUUUAUGUCAAUAUGUGAUAGGAUUCUGUCACGACGCACCCCAUGCCGGAAAAGACACUGCCUGAAUUAUACCAGAGUACCAUAAUGACAGAAGAAGCUUGCCGGACGCGAAGUCAGAAGCGAGCCCUCGAGCGGGAGAUCACCCAGAACGACGUGGACUGCAAGAAGAUGAAGAUUGACAAGGGGCUCCUGGGGGCCCCCGAUGCCAACACGGAAGGGGGAGACCUCAAGGUGAAGAGUGAACCCACACCUGGGAGAGUCCAGGGAUUGCUAAAAGGAGGGGAGAUGAAAGCUACGAUUAAAGUGGAGGUGCAGACGGGAGACGAGCCGGUGGACAUGAGCACCUCGAAAAGUGACAUCAAGCGAGAGAGGAGGGUUCCUUCGCCCGAUGUAAUAGUACUAUCGGACAACGAACCAUCGAGCCCAAGAAUGAAUGGAUUGACGAAAAUCCCGUUAAAGGAGACCAGCACAGAGGUGCUGAUGAAGAGCAGCCCCGAGGAGCGGGAGCAGAUGAUCAAGCAGCUGAAGGAGGAGCUGCGGUUAGAGGAGGCGAAACUAGUCCUGCUGAAGAAACUCCGGCAGAGUCAGAUACAGAAGGAGACGACGGCUCAGAAGCCCACUGGCUCCUCCGGAAAUGCCGUGGCGACUCCCCCGCCGUUGGUGCGAGGGACGCAGAGCAUCGCCUCCAGCAAGUCAGCCCUCCUCCAGAAUUCCUCGCGUAUUCCCGGGACUGUUAUUCCUCCCCCAUUGAUCCGCGGAGGGCAGCAGGCAUCUUCAAAGCUGGGCUCUCAGCAGAACACACAGAUAGUCAUGCCUCCUCUGGUGAGAGGAGCACAGCCCAUCUCUGUGUCUCCCCAGCAAAUCCACAACAUCCGCCAGCACUCCAGCUCGGGGCCCCCUCCCCUGCUCCUGGCCCCGCGGGCGUCCGUCCCCAGCGUGCAGAUCCAGGGCCAGCGCAUCAUUCAGCAGGGCCUCAUCCGCGUCGCCAACGUCCCCAACGCAAGCCUCCUGGUCAACAUCCCGCAGGCCUCGCCAACUUCGCUCAAAGGUACGGCCGUGACGGCGGCCCAGGUGAACGCUGCAGCCACUGCCACCAGUGUAGCCUCCAUCGUCAAUUCCAAUGACUCCCCUGCCAGCCGCCAAGCUGCCGCCAAGCUGGCGCUGCGGAAGCAGCUGGAGAAGACGCUGCUGGAGAUCCCUCCGCCCAAGCCGCCGGCCCCCGAGAUGAACUUCCUGCCCAGCGCGGCCAACAACGAGUUCAUCUACCUGGUGGGCUUGGAGGAGGUGGUGCAGAACCUCCUAGAAGCUCAAGGCAAGGUUUCUGCUGCCCCUUCCUCUCAGGACCCCUACACAUGCGUCCAGUGCAAGACGGACUUCACCUGCCGGUGGCGGGAGGAGAAGAGCGGUUCCAUCAUGUGCGAGACAUGCAUGUCCUCGAACCAGAAGAAGGCGCUGAAAGCCGAGCACACCAGCCGGCUGAAGGCCGCCUUCGUCAAGGCCCUCCAGCAGGAACAGGAGAUUGAGCAGCGGAUACUGCAGCAGGCGGCCUCCCCCGUCCAGACCAAACCCGAGCAGAUCGCACAGCAGCAUCACUCGCUCAAGCAGGCCUCCAGCCAGCUUCCCCGUAGCGCCAGCACCCCCCGCGGAGUGUUGCAUGCAUUUAGCCCGUCGCCCAAGUUGCAGAACGCCGCCUCCAGUGUGGCCGUGCUUGGCGGCAGGCAAGGUAAGCGUGCUCAGAGACCCGUCGGCAAAGGAAGUGCUUGCACUUGGAAGAAGACUCUCGUCAACGCAGGUGGGACGCUGAACUUUGUCAACCCUAGUCUCGCUGUGCAUAAAACUGCUGCCUCGGCUGUGGACCGCCAGCGCGAGUACCUCCUAGACAUGAUCCCCCCGCGGUCCAUCUCUCAGUCUGCCACGUGGAAAUAACGCAGGAACCUCCGCCUUGAGUGGAAGACUUCUCCCUUUUUCUUCUUGUCCCCACCCCCCGUUUCCCCACCCUCCCCCACCCAACCUUUGAUUCCGUCACCCACCCAGGAUCCCACUACCCGGUGGGAAAAACAGCAACAACAGCAAGCCUGCUUUCAAGCCUCGCCCGGAUCAUACCUGCAAAGGUCGCAGGAGGGAAAAGCCUGCUCCCAUCAACGCUGCUUUCGACAAGGAAUGGCGGCGGCAGGGGGGGGGGGGGGCAACAACACUUCCCUGCAGGGUGGAACGGACACUCGGGGAGGUUGCAACGAACAUUAGGCAACCGGAUUAUCCCAUUUUCAUUAUUAUCAUUUUUGUUCUGCUGUCUUCGAGAGGAGAGUCGCCCUUUUAUCAUUCUUUCCUGCUGGCCACACACACCCUGAAACUUAUUUUGUCUCUCUUAUUAGCAUUUUUUGGGGGGGGAGUUACAUGUCAUUCCCCCCACCCCACCCCCAGCCAGCGGUAGUACAUAACGAGGAAUAAUUGCGCAAGAAACCUGCUCUGUCUCUCUCUCUUUUUCUCGCCUGCUUUCGUCCCAUCCUCCCCUUUAAAGAGAAAAAGCCGCCUUUUUUUUAGUUCCUUUUUAGAUUUUAUCGUUGUCGUUAUUAUAAUUAUAAUUAUUAUUAUUUCCGUUUCUGAGCGAUCGUACAACGGUCGUUAGCGAUCAAGGAUGUACUACUUCCCGCUCACGGAAAGUGGAACUGGGACCCAGCGCUUGUGGAGAGAGAAAUCUGCAAAGGGGACGGACCGGCUCCAACCCUGCCUUUUUCAUUUUUGCACCCACCCCCUUCACAAUUCCCAUGGUGGCAACGUGAUAAAAGGAGGGGGGAAGUAAGGGGGUUGUUGCGGUGGAGGGGGGCGAGAGUGGCUUCUUAGGGUCGUUGGUUUUAUUUUUUAAUUAAGAAAAGACAAACCCACUGAUAACUUAUGUUGUGAACAAAUGCAAAACGGACUCUCCGCCCACCCCGAAGAUGUGUGGAGUGACAGGACUUGGGGAGGGGAGGUUGCGUCAAGGGGGGGGGGUCGGAGGCGCACCUGUCUUGUCUUUCUUUGAAAUAAACAGGAUCCUGUCUCAGAUGGAUGUUUUGCCCCGGACAUUUGAUAGCCCGAAAACUUUACUGGACAGUUUAAAGGAGUUUUCCUUCAUCUGGAGAGAAUGAACCGGGAGGGGGGUGAGCCUCUCUUCCCCCUUCCCCACUUCAAGCAUCCCAACAGGGAAGAAGAGAUGUAUAAUUUUUUUAAAAUUUUAUUUUUAAAAUGUCUACUGCGUCCCUCCCACCCCCUCUCCUCCUUCCACCGUGCGCUUUCUGUGGCCCGGGGGGGGGGAGUUGUAAUUUGGCUCUCCAGAAGCUGUAUGCAGUUUUAGGUGACUUGGAGGAAAGAAAAGGUCCGGUGGAUUUUGGAAAAGGAAAUUUUGUGGGGAGGCUUUUUU